AUGACACGGGAAUGGAGAGUUUUGAAUGACGAAGGACUGUGCCUGUUUAAAAACAUUGCUUGUUUUCAUUAUAAGGAGCACAUUGUUGCUCUUACUGUAAACAACACUUCAAUACAACUUCAAGUGUUUCGCAACAUUACUGUCAAAAAAGUAUUAACACUGGAAGUACGUGGAAUUAUAGAGCGAUUAUUAGAUGAACUCACUGGAAGAAUUCACACGAAACUUAUGUACACUGUAGGAUAUCAGUGUUCAAUGAAUGAUGUUCUUCGAGAAUACGACGACUGUUUUGUAGCAGAGAAAGAAAUUCACAGAAAGGGUGAAAUUAAUUGUCCACGACAUGAACUUACCCAUACUCUAAGUGAACCUUAUUUGGUUGGAUACUGGAAGAAGGAUUGUAAUGUACCAGAGACAGAAGUUGCUAAUACGCAUAAAGACAGCUUUAUCCACUGUUAUGAGGAGGCGCUGUUGAAAUUCCAUUUCCAAAAAUUUGAAAAGUUGACCAAGGUUGGCCGAAAAGCCUUACAGAUUUAUUUUGAUACGGUAUUCCCAACACAAGACCUUGCCAACAUGUCAUCAAGAAAGAACAAAGUGAAAAAAGCUUUCCAUUUAAAUGACGAUCAGUUUGCUCGGCUGUUUCCGGCUGAUGAAUCUAUUCCCUGCUCUGAAUCGUUUGAUGUGACGCUGAUGUACCAAAUGCUACGAAACCGUUUUCCAAGUCUUCCACAACCGGCUAAAGGCUGGGGAAAGACUCCAGACACGUGUGAUAAAAGUGAAACUGAUGAUGUAGAAAGAAUCCGGAUUUACAGAAAUCAAGCUGUUCAUGAGCCUGAUGCAACAAGUAAAUUAGAAAAGAAGGAUCUUGAAGAGAAAGGUAGAGAUUUGAUGCAGGCAAUAGCAAGGUUGAGCAAAGGAGUGCUGAGACAGGAAAUGAUGAAUGCUUUGAAAAAUUCAACCUAAUAUGUGAACUUCAGCAAAAUUAAAAACAAAAUCCUGAAAUGAAAUACAUGUAUAAAGCAGUACCUGUACACUCACAUGUACAUUUGUAAAUCCGAACUUUUUAUGACCAUAUAUCAAAAGUCUUUAUUUAGAAGGAGGGACCACAUCGGAUGUAAGAGGAAGUAAUGGUGUUUGUUUGUUUUGUUUUUUUUUAAUUUAUUCAUUUAUAUUUUUUGAUGAUUUUGUUUGUUUUUAUUUGUUUAUAGCAAACCGUUAAGAGAUUUUAGUUACAUGUACUAUAAUGGUAUGCUAUUAAAAUUCUGAAUGUGUAAAGAAUUUUUUUUUCCAAUCACAACUUGGUAAUA